UUCUUUUGUAUACUUUUUUUAACAGAUGUGUUUUGUUCCCAUGAGUAAUAUAGUAGUAUUGUAUUAUUAUUGUAUUUAUUAGUAUUGUAAUGAGUAUGCUGCUCCUCGUUGGUCUGUAAGCGUUUAGGACAAUUCCGCCACACCCGCAGAGACCGAUGUCCAAUCGCCAAUGAGGGUCCGCCUCUGAAUGUUUUUGUACCUCAACCUCAGCUGUCUGUGAAUGUGAGAGGAGAAAAAAAAGAAAACACUGCUAAUUCGUCCGACUGGGAUCUGCAUUCUUCUCCCCGGGCUCGAAAGUCUGGGUUAUUUUAUGAAGGGACAAAGCGAAGGCGCCGACUGUCGUUGUCAUGCAUUUUCGCCGAUCCGUCUAGCGUACGCUAACAAUGUCACCGUUGAAGCCAGUUCGCAGUCUGUACAACUAUGCGGUUGACCAAGUCUUGAAGACCAUUUAUGAAAUAUUAAAAAAUAGGGAAAAAGAUUUGGAACCUCUGAGAAAACACCUAAUCAAUUUACUACACGGCGGAAUCAGGGAGCACAUCAUUGAUAAAGCCGUUUCUGAUUAUGGGUCAAGUGUUUGUGAUAUUCUGGACAUAGUUGAGUUGCUUGCUGAUUCAUCGAUUCAAGAACUACAGCUUUUGAAAGUUUACCAAGGCCAUAAUUUUCAAAAUGGAGAAUUAUUUUCUCGUCUGAAUAACUCCAAUAUUAUUGGAUUAAGGAAAUUGAAUUUAAAGGUUCAUGUGCAGCAGUCGAAUUCCCCAAGGAUAGAAUUGUUAACUGAAGGUCUGCAUAAAGUGCUUAGGAGGGGAUUGGCUGCCAAUCUUCGGGUGCUCACGUUGCAUAAUGGUGCUGACAACCAAUCACUCAGUAUUUUGGGAAAAUAUGCUGAGCACCUUACUCACUUGGACAUAACGUCGUCUUGGCUUGUUGAUGAUACCGGCAUCUGUGAUCUCUUGCUAAAGGAUGUGUCUAAUUUCAUCAAUUCAAACUGGAGUGAUUUAGAAAAUUGCGAACCGCAUGCAAUCAAAUCUUUGUCACUUCUCCCAGAAUGUACAAGAAAUAAAGUUUGCCGGACAUUAUGCGAGGUGAAAAUACAGGAUACGAAUACUUCUUCAAUAAGCGUAUUGCUUUUGUUGAUAUUUGCCAGGUGUUUGAAGAGUCUUGGCGGAUUUCUAUAUUCAAGAAACAUUGGAGAUGCAAUUCUGAUGGUUCAGUCGCUGGAUAAUGCUCCAGAAUAUCUUGAACUGACAGAACUCUGGGACACACAACUUCCAUUGGACAAAUUGACCAAACUUGCAAAAUAUCUACCAAAAUUGAGCAUUUUGUACACAAGAGCCGCUUGUUUGCCGAAGGUUCCACCUUUUUUACCCCCUUUGAAAAGUCUGACUGCAGAUUUUGAUUUUGUGCAUUAUGGACCACAGCUCUUUGAGUUCCUCGAGUUCAACGGUUCAUCGAUAACUCGUUUAGUAUUGAUCGACCAGGUUUACAGUUUAGAUCUCAACUUGAUUGCCUUAUACUGUCCUCUUUUGGAAGAACUUGUGGCAAAAGUGACUGUCGAUCCUUCAAGAAGCUCUAACAAUCCGAUGAGCAAUUUAAAAAGUGCCAUAGUCAGGAUUGCCUCAGGAAACACGUUUCUGUGGAUAAUGCGACAGGCUGAUAACAUAGUCCAUUUGGAAGUCUUACUUGAACGAGAAGGCACUGAGGAAGAUGCCAUGUUCGAAAAUGAUGUCAUUCAGCAAAUGAUAGAUGAAAAUCCAAAAUCUUUACAGAGCAUUGCUUAUUUGAGUAUCCAUAUGUAUUUCAAUCCAAGAUAUCAAAUCUGCGCUGUAUCUUGUGGAACUCUUACCAUUAACGCUGCAUACACUCUGUGCAUAGCAUGUGACUCUCUUAAAGUCUUGGGCGAGCUGCACACUUGGUUUUGGGUGUCAAAAAAAGAUGUUUUGUCCAUGGCGGAACACAUAAAGAAGAGUAACUGGGAUGUGAAACUUCGCUACCGUGAUGUUCUCUACCCCGAGACGUGAUCUGAACGUGGAAUGGACACUUAUUAAGCCGUUGUGCCUGGCAACUUUUUUUAAAGACUACAAAUUGACAUGUGUUUGUUACCAUUAAUAUGAAAAUGGAGUACAAAUGUAUUUUUUAAACUAUUAUUAUAAUACGUUGGUUAUUACCAUUUAAUAAGCCUUGAAAAAUGGAUCUUAAUUGUGGUAAUGAAAACACUGAUGUCAAUUAAUAAGUUUUAUAUUGCACUAAAUUAGUUUUAUACCAUAUAAGAAUUAGCAGCUGUAAUUCAUACCUAGUAUAUAUUGUUAACUAUAAUAUUUAUGUAAAUAUAAAUUUUAUUAUGCUA